AUGAUUUGUUGCUCAAAAAGUAUAAUACAUUCAGUUGAUACGAGAAAAAGAAAUGAUUUGGGUGCCAUAGAGAAAAAAGAAAAAAGUGAAAAAAAAGAUAUUCGCUUAGAUGAUGGAAAUGAAUUAAUUACCAUAUAUGAUAAUAAAGUAUCUCUUGUUAAUAUUGUAAAAAAAGCAAGUGAAAAUGCUUUAAAAUUACAAGAAGAGAAAAAAGAUUUAAUUAAAAAACCUUUUACAUCAAAAUCCAAUAUAUUGAAAUAUUACGAAAAUAAAUUUUUAAAAAAGAAAAAUAAUGAAAAUACAAUUUAUUUAAAUAGAAAAAAAGAACAUGAAAAAAAAAAGGAAACUGAGAAAUUAAGUAAAAAUGAAGAUGAAGAUAAAAAUAAAGAAAAUUUGACUAAUGAGUUACAAGAAGUAAAGGAUUUUUCAAAAUUAAAAACAAAAAGUAAAUAUAAUAUAUUGAAUGAAGUAGAAAAGAAACUUAAACAGUUGAUAAAAGACGAAAAAAUUAAUAUUCACAAUGAUAUCUUAUUUCUAAAUAUAUAUGCUCUAACUCAUAAAAAAAUAUAUUCCAUAUUAGACAAAAAAAAAAAAAAUAAGGGAUAUUAUAGUUGUAAUGAAAUUUUAGAAAUGAUAUUAAAAGGAAAAUUGAAUAAAAAUAGUUUAAUAAAAAGGAAAUCAGAUGUGCAUUAUUAUCAAUUAAAACAAAAAAUUUCCGAAAUAUAUUUUUUAAAGCAACUUGAAUUGCAAUAUUACUUGAAAAUUAAAAGAAAUGAACAUUCUUUAGAAUCAAAAGAAUUGAAAAAAUACAUUAAUCAAGAAAAUAUAACUUUUUUAGAAUUAAGUGAGACUCUAUUAGCUGAAAAAGUAAAAUCGUUAAAAAAUUUUCUUAUAGCACCUUAUGAUAAAAAUAUUGUAGAAAUUAUUUUAAUUCCAAAACAAAAGAACUGUGAUAAUUUUUAUGGAUAUCAUAAAAUAAUUUCUAAUUUAUUUAUAACAAAAUAUAUUUCUGUUUUUUUUUAUCAUGUUAUUGAAAAAAAAGUUGAGAAUUAUAAUUUAAAGAAAAAAAAUGGUCCUAUAUAUAUAAAAAUGAAGUUAAAGACGGACUAUCCUGAAGCUAUUCAAACUAUUUUUAGAUAUAUAUAUUAUAAAAAUAUAAAUCUAUAUAAUUUAGAUUUUAAAUUAUUAGUAACUAUGUACAUGGAAUGCAUCAAUUUAAAAAUUAUUAGCAUCAUAAAUGACAUUAUCGAUGCAAUUAAUGAAAAAGCUAACUUUGAAAAUAUAGUUAAAGUUUUACAUUUUUCUUCAGUUUACAAAGAGACCAAUAUAUUUAAAGAUUUUACUCGUAUAAUUUCAGAUUCAGGAUUUUAUUUAUUCUCAGGAAAGUAUCACUAUUUAUUAGACACAGAAUUAUAUAUCUAUAUUUUGAGUUUGGAUAAUAUAAUGAUUAACGAAAUAAGAAUAUUUAUUGAAUCUAUAAAAUAUAUAAUUAAAAACAAUUGUGAUGCAAAACAGCAAAACUUAAUUUUUCAAAAUAUUAGAUUCAAUGUAUUAAAUAAUGAAUAUUUAUAUAGUAUUCAACAAUAUAUAAAAAAUUGUUUUGAAGAAAUUUUAGAAAAUAAAUGCAACUCAUCUAAUUUUAUUUAUGUAGGAUAUCAUUCACAAAAUGAUAAAAGAAUUAUGGUAAAUAGUAAGACAAAUUCUGAAGAUUCCUAUGUUGAUAUUCAAGAUAAAGAUCAACUACAUGAUAAAAAUGAGAUAAUUAAUAAUAAUACUUCUAAUUUACCAAUUUCAGAAGAGAUAAAAACUAUAAAUGAGUUGUAUAAAAGUAUAAAUAAAGAAUCUUUUGAACCUCCUAAUUUUACUAAAGAGAAAAAAGAAAUUUCUAAUAAAAAGUUUAUUGAAUGUAUGAAUAAUGUUUACAACAUAUUAUUUGAUAAUAUUUUUAAAAAAAUUUUAAAUAAGGAAAUAAAGAAGCGAUGUGAUCCAUGGAAAGAAAAUAAAGAGUUUAAUUGUGUAAAUAACUUUACAAAUCAAAAAUAUUCUUUUUAUUUACAAAAAAAAAAAAAUAAAAUGGAAAAAUAUGCCUUCACAUAUGGAGAUGAAAGAUUAAUAAGCGAAUGUAAAUUGUUUUUUCAGAUUAUUCAAACUAAAAAUAGUAAUGUUUCAAUUGGAAUAAUUUUAAGAACAAAUGAGUUAAAUUUUUUGAAUGAAAAGCAUUCUAAAAUACCAAGCUUUUUAAUUCAAUAUCAUGAACAUUUAGUUAUUUAUUUUGACUUCUUUGUAAACGAUUUUUAUGUUUGUAAUAUAGAUAAUGAUAAUUUAACAUUAAUAAAUAAAACAAAAUUAAACAUUUAUUCAGAUGAAAAUAAAAUAACAAACGAAGAUACAAUUAAUUACGAAAUAUCAGUUAUUAACGAAGCUUUGCAUUUUCAUAUAAUCAUAUUGCCUAAAAACAUCAGUUUUACAUCUUCUUUUGCAUUUUUAAAACCUAUCUUCGUAGGAGAUAUAAUAAAAAAACCAUUUAUUCAUAUAAAACCUUUUUUUAUUCUUAAAGACUCUUUAGAUUCUAUUGCUAUACCAGCUAUGAAAAUUUAA